AACAAUUUUUAAUAUUUCUUGAUUAAAUUUCAUAAACAGUUAUUAUUUUGGUGUACAAUUAAGAUUAAAAUAUGUAAAAACAAUUUUAAAAUAAUUUAAACAUAGCAUGUCAACCAGUUAAUUAAGAAGACAACAAUAUGGUUCAAAUUAUACGCAAAGCUCAGCCAGAUUGUUUGCGUUAUAUUCUAAAUGUACUACGCACUCCUAAUAGCAGCCAUGAGGAAAACAACCACAACAAUGGACGCGAGGAAUCUUGUUCUGUCGACAAUUUGGUCGAUGUUUUACUGAAAAAAGGGAACUAUUCUAUAUCGGCCGCUAAAGAAACUGUGGCGAAUGCAUUACGCGAUGGUUUGCUUAUGCCUGUGUCAGCCACGGUGUCUUCACCACGCUCUACUAGAACGGUAGUGCCAGAACUUAAACGCUUGCGUUUACCCACACUGCAAGAGAUCAAAGAGGCCACCUCUCAUGAUUUAUACUGUUACGAAUGCCACUUACCAGGCAUGUUGGAGGAAUGUCGUCAAUGCUGGCGUUCAUUUCACCGUCUGUGUUAUCGUAAGAAUCCCGAACGUCCCAAUUAUGCCAUUCCAUCGUCGAGAAUACAAAAAAAUCGUUUGCCGGCUUUCAGCUCGGACACAGAAUCCGAAACAGAUGAAAUUGGCACAGUACGUUGCUCUACGGCUCUGGGUUAUGAAAGUGAUAUAAGAGCCAACUCAUCUUUAACGCAGCAAGAUCAAAUGUCUACUGCAAGUGGUACCCCGCAACGUCAGCCUAACACGGCCGAUGAAGCCCCUAACAUGGAGUGCUUAUCGCCUUCAGCAGCUAUUGAUAUAAACAAUAGUGUUCAUGCGGAAGGUAAACCCUUAUUGGAUGAUCUAGAAAGUAAGACCAAAGUGGAGGUGGUCUGUAUGGGCGAAAUACGGCCACCCAAUCGCCAGAGACCAAAUACUACAGCGUCUAGUAUUUCGUAUAAAAGUGAAAUAUCACCCAACGAAGAAGAUGAACAUGACAUGGAGUUAUGUACAAGUUGUCGUUUACUCAAACGUGCCGAUUUACGCAAUCCUGCCAAUUUACAGGCAGACGAAUUGUGUCAUUUAGUUAAGUUUACAUUUUCCUAUAACAGCGAAUGGUUAACACACGAUGUUCGUACGUAUUUGGAUGCUAAGCGUGCAAAUGCUACCGAAGUUAAUAUCGUAGCACGUUUAAUGCUACAUUCAAAGAUUAGGGGGUUAGAUGACGUGGCCACAAAACUGAAUAAAAAGGAAUAUACGUUUCUAAUGGAGUUUUUGGUGGAUUUAUUGGAUAUUCAACAUAGCAUUGGAGUGUUUUUUGGCCCCUACAGCACAGAAAUGGAAUCUACCAAAUGGUUGUUACGCGACAUAACACACGAUCUUUCGGAAAUUCGACGAUGUCCGGACUGCUUUCGCUAUUCGCAUGAGAAACAAUCGGCUGUUUGGUUUGCCAAGCCCUGCGUACAACGUCAUGAGCUGGUUUAUGCAAAGCACAGUGGUUUCCCCUAUUGGCCAGCCAAAGUUAUACGUGUUUUACCCAACAAUAAAUUUGAUGUAAGAUUUUUUGGCGGCAAUCAUUCACGUGCCCUAAUCGAUGUACGUUACAUUAAGCCCAUCGAUGCCGACACCAAGUCACUCAAAUUAGGAAAUAGUCCAGCAAUUAAGAAAGCAAUGGAAGAAUUACGUUACCAUCAAAUGUUAUCCACAUAUCCGCCAAGUGCAUUUAGUUUUCAUGCAGAUCCCCAAAGUACGGAAGAAAUCAUACGUACGGUAUUGGGCACAUCAUCAAUGGAUAACACAUUGGCCAAAGGAAAGCCGGGCAAACGAAAGCGUAAACAAUCUUCAACAAUAACAAAAGCGUCUGGCGAUGUUAACAAUGAUAAUCAAUUUCAUUUGAAUUUGUCGCAAGAAAGCAACAAUGAGUAUAAUGUUUUGUCAAACAGUCAGACGACAUUGUGUACUGAAGUAUCAGUAUCUUUAAAACGUCUAAAAAUUAAUAAAUCUUUGGAAGAACCCAACAAUAAUACUAGCAAUAAAAGGGCUACACGAAAAACAAUAAAGGUCACAGAAAACGAUGACCGUCUUAAAAUGUUAAAUGAACUAGAGUAUGCCCAUAAAGUUAUAAAUGAAUAUAAACAGAAAAAUGAGAAACUGGAAGCUCAAAGGCGUAAAUUAAAGGAAACAAUAAAGAAACAAGAGAUGGAAUGUAAAAUACUGAAGCGUAAGCAAUGGUGUUACUGGUGUCUCGAAGAAGCCAUCUAUUUAUGCUGUUUUCGUGCUGCUUAUUGUUCUGAAAUAUGCCAGGCACGCCACUGGAAAGAUGGCCACAGUAAAGUCUGUAAAAAUCAAUCUGAAAGCAAACAAGCAUCAUAAUAUUAAAUCGAUUCUCGAGAUCGAUUUUAUCUCAAUUUGAUAUUACUUUUUUGGUAAAUGUUUUUUUUUUUUCUUUCAAAAUUAUUUAGUAUGUUUAGAGCAUCACAAAUUUUGAAACAUUGUGUUUAAAUUUCAACUUAUGUAUAAAAUAACGUUAUAGUGGAUUAAACAAAGUAUAUUACCGUAAAAUUUUUAAUCUUCACUUUUCUUUUUUGUAAUUUUGAAUUGAAUUCAGUUUUAAAACUUUUGAUUUCGUUUAUUUUUUUUUUUUAAAUUUACUUGUUAUUUUGAAAGUAAAAGUAGAUACUUGUUUAAGAUAUUAAAUCAUUAAUUUGUUGUAUUUUCAUAAAUAAAAUUUAACAUGAAUUUUUAACAUUGAAAUGCAAUAUGCAAAUCGAAA